AUGUUCAGCGACCCUUACACUAAAAUCAUUGGAGGGGAGGACGCGUCAGAUGGAGCAUUUCCCUAUCAGGUAUCAUUGAGGUCGAUAUAUAAGAAGGAGAACCACUUCUGCGGUGGAUCCAUUAUCAGACCGACAUGGGUAUUAUCAGCUGCUCAUUGCACACAAAGAAUUCGUCCAACAUCGAUAAUAGUAGUUGUGGGAUCUAACUUAAUAUCUUCAGGUGGUACGGUAUAUAAUGUGACUAAAAUCAUAAAUCAUGAGGAUUAUAAUCCAGGGACAAUAUCUGAUGAUAUUUCGCUUCUUAAAAUAGCAGGUGAAAUCAGUUUUAACUCCAAAGUGGCUCUCAUAGCCCUGCCAGACGAGCCCACGCAACCUAAUACUGACUCUGUAUUAACAGGAUGGGGAGCAUUCAAUAAUGCGCGAACAAAACCUGAUAAGCUACAAGUGCUUUACGUACAGAUAAUACCGGUUCAAGAGUGUAAAGAAGUUCUGGAGAAACAGUAUAGAAAAUAUCCGGUAUCAACUAAAAAUAAUGUUUGCACUUUAAAAGAAAGAGGGAAGGGUGCUUGUUUUGGUGACUCUGGUGGUCCACUAGCAGCUAAUAACAAGCUAAUUGGUGUCGUGUCGUGGGGAAGUCCUUGUGCCAAUGGAUUACCUGAUGUCUUCUCAGGCGUUUUCGCGUAUCGAAAUUGGAUCCUUACCAACAUUGCUAAUAAUGAAUAA